UUCAAAAUGGCGGAAAUGGAGGCAGACGAUCACUGAAGUUUGAGAAGCACUAUGCCAGGUGUACGGAUUUGGCUGCCCAACAUCGAAGGAUUUUUUACGUCUUUGCAUAGGCUACUGGAAAGUGCAGAUGGACAAAGGAACACUGCGUCCUACAACUCGGCUGAAUGUUUUAGUCGCCGUUUACGAGAAAACGAAAGAACUCUUGUCACUUUGACUCUAAGAAUAGAAGAAGCCUUCCCAAAUGAAGUUGAGGUGAUCUCUGAUCUAAACGAACUUGUUUUUCUUAUGAACGAGCUUUCAAGGGACUCUGACAGAAUUUUCGAGGACUUGGAACGUUCUACGUUUACUGCACCACCGUCCCUAAACGAUCGUCUUUCAACUGUGGCUAGGAACGGUUUAGUUGGCAAACCAAGGCUACAGAUCUUACAGCAACAGCAGCAAACUCUGCACAAUGACGCCGGUUUUCGUUGGGCUGAUAUUGGAAGAAUUCUUGGAAUCUCCGAAAGAACUUUGCGCCGUCGAAGACAUGAAUUUGGGUUGCCAGUUGGUGUGGGAGAGAAUUUCAGUGAUGUCUCCAAUGAUGACCUUGACGAAUAUGUGAGGGAAAUUCUUGAAGUGACACCAAGCGCUGGUCAACGCCUGGUUGAAGGGGGCCUGAGGCAAAUGGGCUUACGAUUCCAGCGCCAUCGUAUUCAGGAAUCUAUUCGAAGAGUGGAUCCGGUUCUUCGCACUUUAAGAGCAGCGCAGCAGAUAAUUCGUAGAGUGUACAGUGUGCCAUGCCCCAAUGCGUUAUGCUCUGGAUACAAGGAAUGCUACAUUUCAGAAAUUCUGGGUAUAAGGCUGUGACAGAUGUGACUGCCAGCAAGGCUGUUAAUUUAUUCAAUCAUUAUGGGAUUGAUGAAGAAGGGCCUGUACCUGACAUGCAGUUUCGGUACCUGACACAAUUACUACUCUGACACAUAACCAAGAAUUGUCACUGCAAGAAGCUAGAGAUGCAGCCUUCCAAACUGAUGAUCAUGCUGGAAUCAUAGCCUACCAAGUGGUAUUGCAGAUUGCUUCUUUUUAUUUAAACUGCUACUCAUGAUUUAUUGUAUUAACUUCAUGUACUUGGAAUGAACUUUUAAUACAGUUAGUAUAAAUUGGUUACUGCUAUACAUGUCAGUAUGCCAAGAAUAAAAUUACUAAUGACAAUGUAAAUGGGAAACAGUAACAAUAAUCAGUUAUAAUCUCAAAUCUAACAGCCUUACUAAUACAAAGGGGUGUAAAACUUUGAAUAGCUGGGAAAAAAAAUACACUAUGUUAUAGUGGCAUAAUGUACUAGAUACUUCAUAGUAUUAACACUUUAAACCUGAGAUCUAGCCUUGAUUUGCAAUCACUCAAAACAAUAACAAAUGAGGUAAAGCUGUGGCUACAUUGCAUGCAUAAUGGCUAUUGCAGAGAAGUUUAUACCCUUGUAAAUUAGCUCUUGUAAGCUCUUUUUGUUAGUGUUGAGUUUAUCAUGCUGUUAACGAAACAGUUAAUAUGCUGAGUAACUUGAAACUGGAACUUUGAACGUGGAACAUUUCCUGAGUAACCUAAACGGAUUUGAAAAUUUUAUUGUUUUAUAUGAAGGGUCCACUGGCAUAUUUUCCUUGGCCACUGCUUAGGAAAUUAACAGAGAUUUUGUAUUAAUU